AUGGCCUACACCUUCCACCAUAAUGACACCCUUCAUGUCGCUUCCGGCGACUGGUAUCUUGACCAUGACACCUUGACCGUUGUCUACCCUCCCUACAUCGAUUAUGAUGACGAGGGAGAUGACGAAGGAGAGGAUGAGGAAUACCACGAUUCCGCGUCAGUCAUCAUCGUUUACGACGGUACUGAAGACGAGACCAGCACUGCCGACACGCUUAGCAUGGAGCUGUCUGGUUCACUCAGGGCCGUGUGGGCAGGCGAAUCGAGCUCGGAUUCCGACUCGGACAGCGACCAUAGCGGAUCGAGACGGGAGCGUGUUUCCGACAUCACAACAAUCAGCGUCUCGACUGGCGGCGAUUUCCAUAUUAACGACAUCGUAUCGCAGCAUAGCGAACUGACCAUGGAUGUCAGCUUCCCUUCGACAAUAUCGGAGCGAGACUUUGGCAGCAUGGCUGAACUAGCGGCAUUUCAGCCGUACACGAACUUCUUUAUGGUUCCUGCCUUGGAUCUGACGGGCGCGACCGACGUACACUCGGAUGACGAGGACCUGGGGUGCAACCAUGCGAUAAGCGGAGUCGUGUGCCAUUGUCUAACGGCUCGAAAUCUUGAUGCCGUCCAAGAUAUCCUAAAGGAUCUGCGAAGGGCCGAAAGUCGAGAACUCAGAAGGCAUGAGGCGGCUGAGUGGCGAAGCGAACCAGACCGAAGAAGCGAACAGGCGUGGGAGGAGUUGACAGUGGAUCUCCGUUUCGAGUAG